GGGCGGCGAAAGUUUUACGCUACCUUCAGUCGAAGGACAGCCAGCUAGCAGGUGACAGGAUGAUUCUAGAGGACACGGUCAAGUUUCGCAAGUGUGCCAAAACGCCAGAAGAUGUAGCGAAAUGGCGUUUGACGUACAAUUUUAUAAUUGAAACGAAAUACUUUCUCGAGCGGUACGAUAGCAUCGUCGAAACGUGGGAUCUCUGUGAUAAGCAGUUUCUCUUGUAUCUGUUCAACAUUGAAGAGCUUUUGACGAGCUUGCUGUACAAGUAUACGACCGUUUCAACAGAUUACAUCAAACAUCCAAGAUUGCCAAAGGUGGAAAUAAAAUGCUGUGAUCACCUGUUUGAAUGCUCCAAGGAUCUCCACAAGCAUUACUACACCGUUCAUCAUACACCGGGGCGCGUGAACGAUGUUCGGUUUUGUGAAAUGAAGGCUGGUCUGGUGAAGCUGGUGUUUUAUAAGAAUAGUUUGAAGUAUUAUCUGGAGUUUGGAACUUGGUGCGAUCAUGUGCUGUGCUUGUAUUUGAAGAAAAUCUACCGGAAAUUGAAUGUCACACUCGAUCCAUUUAGAGAUUCACCGCUUGCACCAUUACCUGUACCGGUGAAGUCUCAGGCAAAGAAGCCGGCACCGAAACCAGAACAAGAAACGGAACCGGAAUCGGAACCGGAAUCAGAACUGGACUCUGAGCCGAAAUCGGACUUGGAGCUGGAACCCCAGCCAGAACUGCAGCCGGAACCACAACCAGACCUGGUGGAAAGUACAGCUUAA